AAGAACGCCCAACCCCAGCGGCCCUGCAGGCCGGUCCCCAGCCUCACCCUGCGGAAGGGACCCAGCAGGGUGGGAGUCGGGUCCCGGGAGGUCACAGCGUCUCCUCCCGCCCAGGCGCGGCGGGGUGCGGAGGACUCGGGGGCCGCCCUGCGCGGCGGGGAGGAGGGGCGCGCGGCCGCGGGGCUGGGCAGCGCCGGGCGGCGCGGGGCGGGGACUCGGGACCUCGGCGGCCCGCGCGGCGCACACCAGCCCCUUCCCGGAGCGGCGCCGCCCAUGGCCGAGGUGCUGGAGCCGGGGCCCGGGGCGGCCGAGGGCGCGGAGGCCCCGGCGGUGGAGACGCCGGGCUGGCAGGUCCCGGAGGACUCGGGCGCCCAGCCCGAAAGCUACGAGACCCGACACUAUGGACCAGCCAAGUGGGUCAGCACCUCCGUGGAGUCAAUGGACUGGGAUUCUGCCAUCCAGACCGGCUUUACCAGGCUGACCAGCUACGUUCAAGGCAAAAACGAGCAAGAGAUGAAAAUGAAGAUGACAGCUCCAGUGAUGAGCUACGUGGAGCCGGGCUCAGGUCCUUUCAGCGAGUCUACCAUUACCGUUUCCCUGUAUGUCCCCUCAGAGCAGCAAUCUGAUCCGCCGAGGCCCUCAGAGUCGGAUGUCUUCAUUGAAGACAGAGCCGCUAUGACUGUGUUUGUGCGGUCUUUCGAUGGAUUCUCUAGCGCCCAAAAGAAUCAAGAACAACUUUUGACAUUAGCAAGCGUUUUGAGGGAAGAAGGAAAAGUUUUCGAUGAAAAGGUUUACUACACUGCAGGCUACAACAGUCCUUUCAAUUUGCUUAAUAGAAAUAAUGAAGUGUGGUUGAUUCAGAAAAAUGAACCCUCCAAAGAAAAUGAGUAAGAAAAUGAAAAGAAAUAGCAUUGCCAGGGGCUGAACUUUAAUAUAGACAUCAACACACCUAGAAGUAAAAUGUGUGUCUAGUAUCUUCUCCUUGAGAGUACACAUAUGACUUGAGCCUAUUUCCAAUGUGCCUUUUUAAUGCUUGAAGCUUUAUCAGGAUACACAGAUAAUAGGGGACAACAUUCUAUGAACAUGGAAAUUGUCAUAGUCCUGGUGGUCUUUAGUUCUAUGAGGCUCCAGGGAAAUGUCAUGCUACUUCCCCUUCUUCUCUGUAUCAUAAUCAUGUUGCUUUUUCCUAUUGGAUUCGUGUCAAUUGGAUGUUAUCCCCUCCAGAUGGUAGCAAUAAAAAUGUUAAAGAUUUACCUUGUGUGGCACUACUGGACUGUCCAGCGUAGAGAGGUGAAGUUAGGGUUGGACACAAAGAAUUAAACUGUCUUUUGCA